AUGGCGGCCAUCGGUGUUCACUUCGGUUAUACCUGCGCCUGUGUGGCGGUUUUUAAGGUGAGUCAGCCCCUGAACAUCUUUUUAAAGUGAACAUAGAGCUUAUUAAAAACGAGGAUUUUCCUCCUGCUGAGCGAGAACUUUGAUUUUAAUCGAUAAAGAUGAUUUUAAAAGAGAGAAACAGCCAAUCAAUGAACUGAUCUCAGCUCCUAUACACACCCAUGUUAUUUUAUUUAUCUCAAUAAUUUAAUCUCUUCUUAAAUUUACUGGAUCUAUCAUAUCGAUUAUUAAUCACGAGGUUUACUUGAUUAAUUUAAUCCUAAAACCAGCUCUAAACCUGACAUCUGAGCUUGAAUAAAGAAGAAUAUAAUAUUAUUUCUGGUUGAUGAAUGAGGAUAACACUUUUUAGGACUCCAGCUGUGAUUUCUCAGAUUGAACCCAGACUGACUUCUUGAUGUCACAGUCUGAUUCAGUCUGCAGGUAAAACUGUCAGAGACUGAAAGACCUGAAUUUAAUUAAGACUGACCAAAGACAGGUCUCCUGAUGGUCUGGAUCUCUACAGCGUCUCUGCUUUUACAAACACUUGCUUUCCUCUAUCCUCUUAUGUGUGUGUGUGUGUGUGUGUGUGUGUAGGAUGGACGUGCAGAUGUUGUAGCCAACGAUGCAGGGGACAGAGUGACUCCAGCUGUGGUGGCCUACAGAGACUCUGAACAGGUAAUACAUGCGCUGUGAGUGUGUGUUGGGGGGGGAUCAUUAAAGGGAUAUUCUGCUGUAAAAUUAAUUUAGGGUCAAACACACCGUAACACCGAGUUAGACCCCCCCCUCCAGAGAUGAAUGUUGCCGACCGCUUGCUUCUCUAGUUAUACCAACUUUAGUAACGACCGCAGGAUAGAAAUACAGAGCGAUCUGAGGAGCCAUAAACAAACCUCAACCAAAACGCCACUUCUUCAUGGAAAUACAAUCAGACCGAGACGCUAAGACAGAAGAACUACCGCGUCUGUAAAAUGAUUAAUAUGGUGAUUAUGACUUCAAGGAAAUGAUAAAGAAAUGAUCAUAAAUGUUCUUCCUUGAGCUGCGACACCCCGCUGUAGUCCAACAAGCGUCUGCUGGAAGAGAGUAGGUGAGUUGUGUUUAGUCUCUUUGUUAAAGAAAUGAGUCAAAGUUAAAAAGAUGUUUGGUGUCUAGUACUAUGUCUGUGACCCUAUAUGUCCUGUUGAUGAAGUUAGGUGCUGUUCUGAGCAUUAUUUGUGGCUAUAGAGUGGAGUUUUGGUUGAGGGCGUGGCUCUCUGUAUUGCUAUCCUGCGGUCGUUACUAAAGUUGGUAGAACUAGAGAAGCAAGCGGUCGACAACAUUCAUCUCUCUGUUUAUCUGUUUAAUACAAACACACUCAUGAUGAUUAUUGAUCCAUUUGUCUGAUAAAUGUCUCUUUUGUACUUAUUGAUCUAUUCAUUGUAUAUUUGAUUUGUUUGAUUCAGUUUUAUGUUUGUUUUCAGUCCGGCUGAUUUCAUGUAUUUUGUGUUUUUUCUUCUGCAGAUUGUCGGUAUUGCAGCAAAACAAGGACGAGCCAGAAACGCUGCAAACACCGUGAUUAAAGUGAAACAAGUCCUGGGCAGGAGGUGUGUGUGUGUGUGUGUGUGUGUGUGUGUGUGUGUGUGUGUGUGCACAUGUAAUGCUCAUGUAACCCUUAAGCCGCGUUCAGACCAAACGCGAGCAGGUCGCGUCGCGUCGCGUCGCGUCGCGUUGGUCGGUCAGGUCGCGUCGCGUGGUGCCCUGGUGUGUCAACACCGGAUCCAAAGCUGCAGUCGCAGGUCGCGGCUGGUCGCCGGUGACGUCAUCCAUGUCACUAGCUCAGUUUUCAUUUCAUCAGUGCCGCCGCAUAUCUGUACAUCCGCAGUAGACGCCACCGGCGUUUAUGGGUGCAUGAAACCAUCCGGAGGAGGACGGAGCUGGGUGAAUUUCACCACUUGCUCCAGGAACUCCGCCUGGACGACGGCCGCUUCCAGUGGUACUUCCGUGUGUCGACGGCGCAGUUCGAGGACCUCCUCGCCCAGGUGGGAAGCAGCAUCUCCCGCCUGGACACGAAAUACAGGCGCUCCGAAACUGAGAUGCUUCUUCUUUGGCGUUGCGGUCCCGGUACAGCCCGCAACCCACGUCGUAUAGCACCGGGUGGUAGCUAACGGAUGUGAUUAACUGCUCCUCCAUUGUGAUUCUUCUUCUCCUCUUCCUUGUUUCGCCGGUUUGUUGACGUCAGCAGAGCCCUGAUUGGCUGUCGCGGCACGGAGUCGCUCCCAAAGUUCAAAUAUUUGAACUUUGGGCGCGACGCGACUUGGCGUCCUGCGACCUCGGCGACGCGACCUCGGGGACGCGCCUUGGCAACCGGUCGCUAGGUCGCGUCAGGUCGCGUCGCAGGCAGCCGGCGGUCGCCAAGUCGCGUCAGGUCGCGGCUGGUCUGAACGCGGCUUUACAGUUACUUGACUGUGUGUGUUUGUGUGUGUCUGUCUUUGCAGCUUCGAUGAUUCAGAGACUCAAACUCACAGAUCAGAGACCAAGUGUCAGGUGACUCUUUAAAUCAUAAACACUCAUUCUGGUUCUGGUUCUGGUUUCUGUUCUGGUCCGGAGUUAACUGGUCUCUGUGGUUCAGGUGGUGAGUCGGGAUCAGAUGCUCUGUUAUGAAAUCGCAACGGGAGAUCAGACGACCUUCAUCUCGCCACGAGAGGUCGCCAAACUAAUCUUCAUCAAGAUGAAGGGUGACCGCACGCACACUCACACACACACACACACACACACACACACACAGAGUUAAACAGGAAGUGAGAAAUUGUGUGUAUUGUUGUUCAUGUUGUUUGUUCGUUUGUCGUUUACAGAAACGGCUCAGUCAGCUGUCGGCUCUGAUGUCACAGAGGCCGUCAUCACCGUCCCUUUUGAGUUUGCACAUGCUCAGAAGAGCGCUCUGAGGUCUGUCAUGUGACUGUGUGUGUGUUCAGUUAUUGUGAUGUGUGUGUUUUUGUCUGUGUGUGUAAAACCUAAAACGUGUGUGUGUGUGUGUUUCUCAGGGAGGCGGCGGAGGCUGCAGGGUUUCGUGUUCUGCGUCUGAUCCACGAGCCGGCGGCGGCUCUGCUGGCUUACGGCGUGGGUCAAGAAUCCCCAUCAGGGAAGAGGUUAGAGGUCAUUUAUUAUUAGACUGAAGCAAUGCAUGAUGGGAGAUCACUCAUUCAGCCUUUAAUCACACACACUCAUUCUGUUGUGUUUGUAUCACUGGGGGGGUGGGGUCAGUGUUGAGGCACGCUAUGAUGUCAUCGGUUAGACAUGGACAGCAGCUGUCACAUGACCUGUUCUCUGUCCUCAGUCACGUCCUGGUGUGGAAACUGGGCGGAGCCUCUCUGAGCGUGACGGCUCUGCAGGUGAACGGAGGAAUGUUCCGCGUCCUGCACACGCUGACGGAUCACGCCAUCGGGGGAGAGCGCUUCACUCAGGCGCUCGCCCAACACCUGGCGGCGGAAUUCAAACGGUGACAGCAUGAACUUAUCAGUUAUUGAUUUACUCACUCGAUCAUUUAUGUACACUAAAAGACCGUACAUCAAACACAGAAAUAAACAGUGUUCGAGUUAUCAACCGACCAGCCAAUCAGAGAGUGUUGAGGGCGGGGUUAAAGUUUGUGUGUGUGUGCACGUGUGUGUGUGUGCAGCUCUUUCAGACAUGACGUCAGCGCCAACCCUCGGGCGAUGCUGAAGCUGAUGAAUGGCGCCGACAUGAUCAAACACUCGCUGUCCACUCUGGGAUCAGCCAACUGUUUUGUCGACUCGCUGCACGACGGCGUCGACUUUGACUGCAGUGUCUCCAGGUAACCAAUCAGGACAGAGAUGGACACAGAUUUAACUCUGAUUUAAACCUGAUUAAAACUUUAUUAACCCUGACUUAAACCCAGUUUAAACUUCAUUUAAGUCUAAUUUAAACCUGAUUUAAACCGGCGUUAACUCUGAAUUAAUCUUCAUUUAACUCUGAUUCAAACCUGAGUUUACUCUGAUUUCAACUUUAUUAAACUCUUAUUUAAACCUGAGUAAAAUUUGAUUUAAACUUCAUUUAACUCUUAUUUAAACUGGACUUAAACUGCAUUAAUCUUGACUUAAACCUGAUUUAAUCUUCAUUUAACUCUGAUUCAAACCUGAGUUUACUCUGAUUUCAACUUUAUUAAACUCUUAUUUAAACCUGAGUAAAAUUUGAUUUAAACUUCAUUUAACUCUUAUUUAAACUGGACUUAAACUGCAUUAAUCUUGACUUAAACCUGAUUUAAACUUCAUUUAACUCUAAUUUAAACCUGAUUUAAACCUGAGUUAACCCUGAUUCAAACUGGAUUAAAACUUAAUUUAAACCUGAUUUAGAAAGUAAAGACUUUUCUCAGUCUGGUCACAUGAUUCAGCAGGAGGAACAGACACUGAGAUGACGUCUGAUAAACUUGUCUGUGAGAAAAUGCAGAGAUAAUUCCCGUCUUUGUUUCAGUGAAUUGAUUAUUAAUCUGAUCAGAUUUAUGAUUAAACUGUUAUAAAGGUUGUUAGUCAUUGCGGUUAAACUGCAGCUCUAAAUGUGAUUAACGUGUUAAAUUAUGGCGUCAUAGACAUUGUUAAUAACUCAGUUGUAAACAGAUGUACGAACGCCGUUAAAAACGAAGUUAAAACCCGUGAUAAUGUGACGUUUGUGUUUCUUCAGAGCUCGUUUUGAGCUGCUGUGCUCUGCGCUCUUCACUAAGAGCAUCCAGCCAAUCCGAGUGCUGCUGGAGGAGGCGGGGCUUUCCACCUCAGACAUCAACAAGGUACGGGUGUUUUCAUUCUCCGAUUCUCUGACUCGCCUGUUUAACCUCGAUUUUUACCUUUAAAGUUUAUCUGAUGGUCGUUGUUUAUUUUUGUUUUCUCCUUUGUUUGUUGUUGUCAUGUUGACCGCCGUCUCAGGUGGUCCUGUGCGGCGGCUCAGCGAGGAUCCCUCGCCUACAGCAGAUGAUCCGUGAUAUGUUUCCUGAUGUGGAGCUGCUGAGCUCGGCGCCUCCUGAUGAGGUCAUUGCGGUGGGUGCGGCCUUGGAGGCGGGGCUUCUGGUGGGCAGAGAAGGGCUGCGACCAGAGGAGGAGUCAUACAGCGUGGAUGUUUCUGUCCCCGACAUCCUGCUGAAGGUGAGCUGCCAAAACAACAUCCUUCUCUCUUUACUUCAACAAACGAUGUUGGAGUUAAUUGAUUGUUUAUUGAUUUUUUUUUAAAUAUUCAUUUAUUUAUUUAUCUAUUUAUUUAUUCCUGUAUGUUAAAUAUUUGUUAAUUUAUUUCUUAAUUUUAAAACUUCUUUCUCCCUGUAUGUAAACAUUAAUUUUUUUAAUUAUUAUUUUUAAUUUAAUUAUUUAUUUGUCUAUUUAUCCUUUUAUGUCAAAUAAUGUUUAAUUUAUUCCUGUAUGUUAAAUAAUAAUAAAUGAAUUUAUUUUUCUUUAUUUAUCCCUGUAUGUAUACAUUUAUUUAUUUAAAUUAUUUUUUAUUUUAAUGAAUUAUCUUUGUAUUCUUUUAUGUUAAAUAUCAGUUAUUUAAUAAAAAAAAUCUAUUUAUCUUUUCCUAUAUCUUAAAUAUUAAUAUAUGAAUUUAUUUAUUUAUCCCUGGAUGUGUAUAAAUUAAUUUUAUUUAUUUAUUUAUUUUAUUUAUUUAUGUAUGAGUUUAUUCAUUUAUCUAUCCCUGUCUGUUUAAUGUUUAUUAGUUUUAACUUUAUUUAUUCCUGUAUGUGUAUGUUUAUUUCUUCAUGUUUUUAUUCAUUAAUGUAUUUAUUUAAUGAUUAAUGUCAUUUAUUUAUUGAUUUUAUUGUGGACGAUUAAAACGUCUUUAUUCUCCGUGUUUCAGUCGGUCUGAGGAGUCUUGGUCUUGAUUCUCGUGUUUUUAUCUCUGUUGUGUUUCUUUGUGUCUCAGGAACACGAUGAAUCUGGCGCGGAGGUGUUCACGGUGCUCCUCCCCUCGGGAACGCCACUUCCUGCCCGCAGACAUCACGUCUUACAAGGGGGGGCGCUGUCCUCCCUCAGCCUGCAGAUCUACCAAAGACUGAUGACCCAGCAGCCCGAGAAGCUCGCUCAGGUGUGUGUGCGUGCGUGUGUGUGUGUGUGUGUGUGACAUUAAUGAAUCCAUCUUUAUCUUCUUGUUUGUUUGAACGUUCAGAUCAUCCUCAGAGACCUACAACCUUCAGAGACUCACAACAUCGACACAGUGGUCACCAUGAAGAGGUACAUACACACACACACACACACACACACACACACACACACACACACACACUCCUGUCUUAUGUGAAUCGGUCGGUCCAGGAGACGCUGAUUCAGUCUCUGCUGUUAACGGUGAAACUGACUGUGUGUGUGUGUAUGUGUGUGUGUGUGUGUGUGUGUGUUUCAGGGAUGGCUCCCUGCAGGUGUCCUGUGUGGAUCAGGUCAGCGGGAGGUCGGAGGUCAUCUCUGUCGCAGCUGCGUCGUAA